CACGAGUUCGUCUGUUUUCUCGCGUCGGCUGGUUUAUAGCGUGAAGAAAACAUUGAUUUGUAUGGUAUAAACAAUCAUCGAUAAAAAUGCAAAACUCAACGUUACUAGAACCAUGGGAUGUUGAUAUAGGAGCGCAAGAAUCAUGGCCACAACCAAUUCAGCUGUACCAGCCUUACGAAGUAGAACAAAUUCUAUUGCCUGACAAUGCGAAUUGUUUGGCUGUUCAAGCAUAUCUGAAAAUGUGUAAUUUGGAGUUUCAAAUCGAGCCUCGGUGGAAUGCUGAGUACAUGUCACCCUCAGGAAAAGUUCCUUUUAUCAAAUGUGGUGCAUUUAUUGUCCCAGAAUUUGACAACGUCGUUGCAUUUAUAUCAAAUAGAGGUUCAAGUUUAUCUGAAAGUCUGAGUAAAGAAGAUAAAGUCAACUUAAGAGCCUAUACGUCAUUAGUCAAUAAUGUUCUCUAUAAUGCAGAACUUUAUGUUUGUUGGUGCCAUGAUGAAACGUACAAAAGUAUCACAAAGGAGAGACAUGGAAGUGUUUAUCCUUGGCCUUUAAAUCACCUAUUGAAUUGGCAGAAAAAAAAUCAAAUAACAAAAAAACUAAGCAUCCUGGGUUGGGCUCACAAGUCAUUGGAGGAAGUCUUUGAAGAAGUUAAUAAAUGUUGUGAAGCACUUUCAGAAAGGUUAGAAGACAAGAUGUACUUUUUUGGUGACAAACCUAAUGAGCUGGAUGCCCUUGUAUUUGGACAUAUAUUCAGUAUUAUAACAACACCUCUGACUAAGGACAAUGCUUUGGCCAAUAUUGUAAAAAAUUAUCCAAAGCUCAUCAAUCUAUGUAAAAGCAUCGAGGAUAGAAUCAUUUCACCUCAUGCAAUUGAUCGAGUAGUAUAACACACAGAAAUACGCUGGAGGCUAGAAAUGUGUAAUGCAUCAAUCUUUUUUUUGGGAAUACAUGCCAGAUGUAUGUGAAAGUUUUUCAGAAGAGAAUCAGCUUUGCUUUUAUUUUAAAUUUGCACUUGAAAAAAAAUUCAAUGUCGUUUCAAACAAAAUUUGAACAAGUACCUGCAUACUGUUUAAUUGCACUUUUAGAGUAAGAUCAUAUUUAUAUAAUUGUCAUUUGAUGCCUUCAUGAUCUGAAGUAUUGAUGUUUUUGUACACAAAUUAUUCUCUAAUAUAUUUUGAUAUUCCGAUAUUUAUACUUGCUGUACAUAGCAGUGGUUUGAAAGCAACCCGAGAUU